UCAGCGAAAAAGACUCAUCUCUACAAGCGUGGCAGGAGACUUCACACGUAAAAUAUAAUUCUGACUAAAGAACGCGGACUGAAAAUAUUCUAACUGAAAAUGCUAAAAGUGAAAAAGAACAAAAAGCCAAAGCAACAACCGGCUCCCAUAGAAAUGGAGGAGUCCGAGUCGGAGGAGGCAUCAUUGAGUGAGUCGGAGCCGGAGAAGGAACCUUCGGAUGAGUCAGAAACGCCGGAGGAGGAACCUUCGAGUGACUCUGAGCCGGAGCAGGAACCUUCGGAUGAGUCCGACAUAGAGCCGGAGGAACAGGACGCUUCUUCCGAUGAGUCGGAGCCGGAGAACGAACCUUCGGAUGUGUCUGAUUUAGAGCCGGAGGAACAUAGCGCUUCCUCGGAUGACGCCGAUGAUACAAAUAUGGCCAACUUUAAGAACGGAUCCAAAUCCGAUCGCACCAAGCCGAAGCCAAAGGAACAGGACGCAGAGCUGCCUAUUUCCUCGGAAGACGACGAUGAAAUGGACCUGGCCAACUUCAAGAACGGCUCCAGAUCCACUCGCGUCAAGCCCGCCAAAAAGGCCAAGAGGGGCAUUAUUUACAUAUCUAAUAUUCCCAAGCACAUGAAUGUGACCCGCCUGCGCGAAAUCCUAGGAGAGUACGGAAAAAUUGGAAGAGUUUACCUGCAGCCGGAGAAGCUGUCGAGUGCCAAGGCCAAGAAGAACAAGCGCAAGCGCUACAACAUCCACUUCACCGAGGGCUGGGUAGAGUUCGAGUCGAAGGGGAUCGCCAAGUUCCUCGCCACCGUGCUGAACAACUCGAAGAUCUCCACGCGCAAGAAGUCACAGUUCUACGACUCGCUGUGGAGCAUGAAAUAUCUCCCGCGCUUCAAGUGGGUGCACCUCACCGAGCGCAUGAACUACGAGCAGGCGGUGCACAAGCAGCGCCUGCACACCGAGGUCUCGCAGGCUCGCAAGGAGACCACCUUCUUCCAGAACAAUCUCGACAAGAGCGACUACCUCAAGAAGCAGGCUAAGAAGGCUGCUAAGGCUGAUAAGGCUGAAACGUAUGAGAUGCCUCCUAAGAAGAAGGUUAAGAAGGCCGUGAGCGGGAGUGAGGACUGAGCCUGAGUUAGACUGACGUUUCAAUGGUUACCUGAUUAAUUAAGCAUCUGUAAUUUAAACCGAUUAACUAGCUGGCCUUAAAUAUAACGCUCUGCGAUAUCAUAAAAUAGUA